AUGCCAGAUCAUCCAACGGCGUCAUGGCAGGCGAUGCAAGACGCCAAUGUCUUUUACAGGCGACAGCAGAUCUACUCUAUUCCCGGAAAGCUACCUAACUUGGACGAUUACAAGGUAGCCGCAUGCCGCUAUGGUGGUCCUCUAGCCUUGAUGAGGGAUAAUGACAAGUUGGUCGCGCUGGGUCGUGCCACGCCUGUAUUCGCAAAGGCGCAGAUUCAGGUGUUCUCGCCCGCGGGAGAAGGCUUGCUGAUCUUCAGUUGGGAACAAGCCAGGAUCGUGCGCUUUGGGUGGACGGGAGACGAGAGGCUGGUCGUACUAAAUGAAGAGGGCGUCUAUCGGAUCUACGACUUACAAGGCGAGUACGAACAGUAUUCGCUGGGGUCAGAGGUCGCGGAAAUAGGGGUGGAGGAUGCGAAGAUACAUGACAAUGGUCUCGUUGCUCUCACGAACUCUUUGACAUUCCUCGAGGUCAGAGGCUGGUCGGGAGGAAAGCCUGUGACUCUAGCAAAUCCUGGCCUAUCCCAGCCGCCGAGCUCAUGGACCAUCAUCCCCCCCGAGCUCACCAUCUCGCGGCAUGUCGAAGUCCUCUUGUCCGUCGAAUCCACGAUCUACACCGUCGACAACCUCGAGAACACCGACCAGCGCAUAUCUCGUGGGCCGUUCACCCACAUGGCCUCUUCUCCGAACGGCAAGUCGCUCGCGCUGCUCACCUUCGCAGGGCUGCUGCUCGUCGUCUCGGCCGAUUUCCAGCGGAACCUCGCCGAGUUCGACACGACGAAUGUCCCCGGCGCGGAGGGGUCGGUACGCCAGGUGGAGUGGUGCGGAAACGAUGCUAUCCUUGUUACGUGGGACAACCUGGCUCUGAUGGUCGGGCCUUUUGGUGAUACCUUACAGUUCUUCUACUCCGGACCGACAUUCGCCGUGACUGAAGUCGACGGGGUCCGCGUCGUCGGUCCGGACGUCUGUGACUUUAUACAGAAGGUACCAGCAUCGACUGUUUCUGUGUUUCGGCCGGGGUCUACAUCGCCUUCGGCCAUCUUGUACGACGCAUGGGAGAACUUUGCAAAGCGCUCGCCGAAGGCAGACGAGAGCAUCCGGAGCAUACGCCCGGAACUAGGGCGUGCGGUGGAUGAGUGUAUCGAUGCAGCGGGACAGGAGUGGGAGCCGUAUUGGCAGCGCCGACUCCUCAAUGCCGCGAAAUUCGGGCGCAGUUUCUUGGACCUGUAUGACCCGACCGACUUUAUUAACAUGGGCCAGUCACUCAAGGUCCUCAACGCCGUUCGGGACUAUCAAAUUGGCAUACCCAUCACGUAUACACAAUACAUCCACGCAUCCCCGGCCCAACUCGUCUCCCGCCUCACAGCGCGCAAUCUACACCUCCUCGCUCUCCGCAUAUCCACGUACCUCUCGCUGAAACCCGACCCCGUGCUCAAACACUGGGCGUGCGCGAAGAUCCUGCGGUCGAAGCCGUCCGCGACAGGCUCCGGCAAGAACGCGGAGCUCACCGGGGACAGCGAGGUGUGCAGGAUGAUCGUGGACAAGUUCGAGAAGCUCGGAGGCGGCGGGGUGAGUUAUGCGGAUAUUGCAAAGAAGGCGUGGGAGGUAGGGCGGACGAGUCUCGCCACGAAGCUGCUGGAUUACGAGCCGCGGGCCUCGGACCAGGUCCCGUUGCUCCUCAGCAUGAAAGAGGAUCGGCUUGCCCUUGCGAAGGCUGUGGACAGCGGGGACCCAGAUCUUGUCUAUCAUGUUUUACUGCAUUUGCAGAAGAGCAUGUCACUUGGCUCCUUCUUCCGUCUUUUAGAAGAUGGUGGAGAGCAGCUAGCGCCUGCGACGCGAUUGCUGCAAGUGUAUGCACGAGAGCAGAACCGGGACAUGCUCAGAGAUUUCUAUUACUCUGAUGACCGACGAGUGGAGAGCGCAGUCCUUUUAUUGGAGGAGGCAUCGAAUAUGACUGAUCCUACAGCAAAAAUUAAUACGGUGAAAGCAGCUCAAAAGUUCUUCUCUGAGGAUAAGGAGCGUGGCUUUGAGGCCAAGAUGAUGGAUGAGAGCGUUCGUUUGCUAACGGCGCAACAGCAGUUGGAGAAGGACGCCGAUGGCAAAAUCCCCUUCUUCGGUCUUAGCGUGAACGAAACGAUAAGGACAUGCCUUCUGAACGGUAUGUCGAAGAAAGCAGAUAAGAUCAAGUCGGACUUCAAGGUCCCUGACAAACGCUUCUGGUACAUCAAGCUAUACGCAUUAACUGCUAUGCGUGACUUCGAAGGCCUAGAUGCGUUUGCGAAGUCCAAGCGUAGCCCUAUCGGGUACGAGGCUUUCGUUCGCCAUCUCGUCGAGAAGGGUCAUCAGAAGGAAGCGGCCGGAUACGUCGCUCGUUGUGAUGCGAGCAAGCGUGUGGACCUUUAUGUUCAAUGUGGGGAAUGGAGAAUGGCCGGGAAGGAGUGCAAAGACAGAGGUGAUAAGGCGAAGCUGGACCAACUUCGGAGGACGUGUCCUAACUCACUUAUAGCAAGGGAGCUGGAGCAGAUAGCAACUUCUAUGAAGUAGUGCUUCGUCAAAUCCCCCUGCUACCUUGAUGCAUAAUCAGCUUGGGAGGCGCAGAGUCAUGCGGACCUCCUCCAUCUAUAUUAUGAAUGCCAAUACGCUACGUAGUAUCAAAAAAGUGAUAACCCCGCUACACUAACUUUGAGUGCCCUGAGAUCGUAUCGACGUGCUAGUACGACCCUUCCAAUUACGCCAGGAUCGAGCGGGAAUGGCGUCCUCGUCUCCAUCCUCGCCCUCGUCGCCUUCGUCUUGCGCGGGUUCGUCAUCAAAGGAAUAAGGCAGAGGCACUUCCCUCGUAACGCGAUACUGAUCCAUGUUACCGAGGUGUUCGUUCUCCAGACGAUAGAAAUUCCAUUGCCAACGUCUCAACAUUUCCAGCGUGGCUCCGAUGAAUGUUCGCACCACGAAAUUAGGCCCUCGAGCCGGGAGGUAUAAGAUCCAGAUAAAUCUAAUCAUGACGUUCGUGAUAAUUGCAAUGUAGUACAUUGGUAUAUGAUUCGAGUACAGAAGUUCCUCCCGGAGUAAGGGGUAUCUAGUUCUAGGCGGCAAGCGCAACACAGACCAGUCCAUGAGAAAGUCCCAGGCUGAAGCAUAGGACGAGUAUAUCGUAGCCGCGAGACAAUAAAGCGCGAAGCUUGCCCCAGAGCGAGCACUCCCAUGGUAUCGCCAAUUAUAGUACAUCCCAUACAUCAC